AUGGCUUCUCCCAGUGGGGCUUCCUCUGGCUCCAGCAUGUUCCACAGCUCCGGUUCUUCAGAAGACCUGCAAGCGGCGAUGGACGAGAAGAAGAGGAAGAGAAUGAUAUCGAACCGUGAGUCCGCGAGACGGUCGAGGUUACGGAAGCAGAAGCACCUGGAUGAUCUGAUGGCGCAGGCGAACCAGCUGAGGAAGGAGAACAGCCGCGUCCUUUCGGUGUUGAACCUCACCACGCGGCACUGUGCUGCCGCGCAGGCUGAGAACUCCGUGCUGAGGGCGCAGAUGAUGGAGCUCAGCAACCGGCUACAGUCCCUCAAUGAGAUGCUUGACAUCUUCAAUGGAAACAGCAUCAUCAGCAGCAGCAGUUUCUUCAUGGGUGAUGGAUUUCAUGCCAUCGAUAACUCGAUCAGUCCAUGGAUCCAAAGUUAUACGACUCAGCCUAUCAUGGCUGCAGCAGAGCACAUGUUUCACCACUGA